AUGCUCAGCCCCCCUUCCCCGCCUCAUGCAAUUGCCACACCACGUCCGACGUUGAUGUUUGCUCUCGCGAGCGACAACGUCGAAGAGGUGCGACGGGUGCUCGAAAGCGGAGAGGCAACACCGAAUGACAUUGUUGGACCCCAGUCGGCACUCGCGUUUACGUUGACAUCUAAUCAGUUGAAGCACAGGAUGGAAAUGGUCAAGCUUCUACUUGCAUACGGAGCUGAUCCGUCCUCUCUCAGAAAUAUCUUGCCGUCUGGUCCAGAAGCCACUUCGCCAUCGAAGCUUGUAGAGGGGUUGGACCCGGCCACCAGAUAUUAUGUCAAGCGUGCAGAAGCACCUCAGACCAGGCGUGCCUCGGCGUUGAUUCAUCGGUCGUUCUUCCGUCCUCUGGCAAGAGUUCGGUAUGACCUCAUCGGGCAGGACCGUGCCUUGGAACAACUGUUCCGUGUGCUAAGCAUGCCGUCAAUGGCCCCGAUCGUCGUCCUCCUGUGCGGACCCAGCGGGCACGGGAAGAGCUUGCUGGCGCGUAAAUUCGGUUCUCUCCUCGACGUUCCUACGCAUACUGUAAAUAUGACUACCCUACGUUCUACGCAUGAUAUCUGGCGUAGCUACUCGAUGAGCCCCUAUGAGGAACUUUCGACAUGUACACUUGCUGACUUCUUGGUUGCCAAUGAGGGCAAACGUUGUGUUGUUGUCCUCGACGAAAUUGAAAAGGCGGAAGAUGAGAAGUAUUUAUCAUCGUUGCUUAUGCCUUGGGAGCUUGGUCGGUGUUCGUUCGAGGCUGGUCACCGCCACGUCGACGUCUCUAAGGUUAUUUGGUUGGGUACUUCCAACAUUGGCCACGAUUUCGUGUUCGAGCACCAGAGCAAACGCGCUGAUCCAGAGUCUGCUGUGACGCGAGAGGAAUACGUCGAUCUCAUGACGGCCUUGCGUCCUCACGUAUCCGAAAAGCUAGGAGCAUCGUUGCUCUCUCGUGUGACUACGGUUCUUCCCUUCGUCCCGUUCACUGCAGACGAGAAGAUGGCCAUAGCUUCGGAGGCUCUUCAGUCCUUGACUGUGGAGAACGAGCAGGUGCUGCCUCCCGCCACGGUAGAGAUGAUUGUGCGCAAAUCUCUGGAGACACAUCUUCCGGCCGAGGGCGCUAGAUCUCUUUAUCGUGCUGUAUCAACCCUACUAUUGGAUACUAUCUAA